CACGACGAUUGCUUUACGACACCUUCUCAGUUUACGGCACACGUGUGUACAGUCCACUUCAGUGUGACGGUGUUUACUCCAGCAUGGCUAAAGUUUCUAAGAAGAAAGUGAGUAAAAAGAGUGUGAAGAAGAGCUCCAAGCUGAAAGAUGAGAUGGCGGCGGGGAGGACAGACGUGGUCUACGACGAGGAGGAUUUACAUGAAGCAGAUGAAAACAUCAGCAGUGAGGAGGAGGACGGCAGCGGCAUGGAUGAACGAAAACACCAAAAGCUACUGGAAGCCAUCAGCGCUCUCGGUGGGAAGAGGAAAAAGAAGCUGGGGGAGAGAUCCGAAGCGGCCGUCCAGAUGUCUGAGUUCACGGUGAACGCCGAGGGGGAAGGAGACAAAAUCGACCUGUCGGACCUGAUCGGGACCAUUGACAAAAACCCCGAUGUCCCAGGCAAGACCAAAAAGCAGUUAAAAACCCUGCAGCGGAGUAAAAAGACUAUUGAGUGUCCUCUCAGCAAGCAGGAGAGUGAAAGGAUUCAGAGAGAUGUUGCGUUUCAGAAGGCAGCCACAGAGGUGACCCGGUGGAAAGGUAUCAUCAAACAGAACCAGAGGGCGGAGCAGCUCGUCUUCCCCCUCAACCAGGAGCCCUCUGGUCCUAAACCCAUGGAGAGGGUGGUGACCAGCUGGAAGGCGCAAACCCCUCUCGAGCAGGAGGUCUUUGCCCUCCUGUCUGCUAACAAGCAGCCCAUCAACGACCCCAUCCUGACCCCUGCUGAGGAGGCUUCAGUGAGGGCCAUGAGUCUAGAGGAGGCCAAGAUCCGACGGGCAGAGCUGCAGAAAGCCCGGGCUCUGCAGUCCUACUACGAGGCCAAGGCCCGGAGAGAGAGGAAGAUCAAAAGCAAGAAAUACCACAAAGUGCAGAACAAGGCCAAGCGCAAAGAAUUCCUCAAGCAGUUUGAUGAGAUGGUGAAGACGGACCCCAGCGCUGCCCUGGAAGAGCUGAAUAAGAUAGAGCUGGCCAGGAUGCAGGAGAGGAUGUCGCUGAAGCACCAGAAUAGUGGCAAGUGGGCCAAGUCUAAAGUGAUCAUGGCCAAAUACGAUGAGGGAGCUCGCAAAGCCAUGCAGCAACAGCUGGAGGUAAACAAAGAGCUGACCCAGAAGCUGGUGACCUCACUGAAUAAAGAGGAAGAGGAGGAGGAAGAUGCGGAAGCAGGUGACGUAGAGGUGCUGCCUGAUUUUGUUAAUGAUGCAGAGCAAGGAGUGGAUUCUUCAAAUCCCUGGAUGAGAGGGAAGCUCUCUGAAAAUCCCACAGAAAAAGAGAUAAGUGACACUUUGGAUGUUGUAGCAGAGGGGCCUGGAGUUGUGGGAAAUACAGUUGAAGAAGAGGAGGAUGGGGAUGAUGUAGAGGAAACGGAAGAGGAAUCUCUCCUCAGAGAGUUUGACAGCAGGAGGAAACUGCGUCAGGCUCAGGAGACUGACAUACCGGUAAAACCUGUGGAUGAUGAGGAGAAAGCUGCUGCAGAAGACCCAGAUCCAUCAGACAAAGAGGAAGAGGAGCUUUCAGAAUUCACAAGCCUUUUCAGAGAUAUAGCAGAGAGUUGUCAGGAGACUGUAGCUGAGAAGGCAGACACAGCUGCAGAUGUUAGCCACAUGGACACCUCAGCUCAGCUGGAGGAAGGACUGAUGAGGAUCAGGACUCUGGAGGAUGUGGAGCUCCUCAGUCAGGAAAAGUCAACCACUGAUGAAGCACCUGAUCAGCCACAACAUCCCCCGGCCACAGAAAACAUGCCGUCUGCAACUCAAAAGGCAGGCAAAAGCAGAAAAAGGAAGAGAGGGAUCGAGCUGAAAGAAGUUCUCACCAAAGAAACAAAAGUCAUCCAGGUUCCACUCGCUCCAACCAUUGAUGACACUGGGGACUGUGAUGAAGUGCUGGACCAGAGGGGGCUCAUUAAAGAGGCCUUCGCUGGAGAUGAUGUCAUCUCAGACUUCCUUAAGCACAAGAGGAAGCUGGAGGACGCAGGAAAGCCAAAGGUGGUGGACCUGACGCUGCCUGGGUGGGGUGAGUGGGGAGGGACAAACCUUGCACCGUCCCGCAGCAAACGCAAGAGGUUCAGGAUUAAGACGGCUCCGCCUCCACCCAGGAAAGAUCAACACCUGCCUAACGUCAUCAUGUCGGAGAAGAGAACCAGCACCAUCGGCCUCCACCAGGUCAACUCACUGCCCUUUCCUUUCGAGAACCAUUCGCAGUUUGAGAGCACCAUACGCACUCCACUGGGCCGCAACUGGAACACAGAGCGGACUGUUAAAAAGAUCAGCAAGCCCAAGGUGGUCACCCAGAUGGGUGCCAUCAUCCAGCCAAUGGCUCGGGAGGAGCUGAUGAAGGACAAGAAGCAGGUUUCCACUGGUCAUAACAGCCGUGGAAACCUGCAAAGGAAACAUUAGUUUCACUGGUUAAAAGUCAAUAAACAGGCUGUUAGUAUCUCCAUUGCUCAGCUACUGUGUGGCUCUAUGUGUGAUAUUAGUUUUAAUCCAUGCUGUCGGAAGACUACAACAUUUUGAGAGCUGAAAUAAUGUAUUUGACAAUUAUUUUCUGUAUUUUUUAAUAUUGUAUAUUUGAGAUGAAGAUAUGUUAAAUCAAAUAUAGAAAGUUAGAAAGUGAUGAAUAAUAUUUGAUACAGAUUCAGUCUUUGGUGUGAAACAUAUGAUUACAAGCUGGUGUGUUGAAUUAUUAACAACUAUUCCCUGUUUUCCCACUAAUUGGAUGCAUUACACUGUGUAGCUGUGUUAAUGGUUAUUUUUUCCAUGUACCAUGCACACACCACAUUCAUCCUGCCUGGUGCUGUCAUAUACUGUAUUGUAUGGUGUCUGAUAUGCAGUACAUUUACAUCUGAAACAGUAA